CCUCCCUCCCUCCCUCCCGCACGCGGCGCCCGGUGCCAAGGGCUCAAGAGCGGCGGGCUAAUGCUUUGCGCCAUUUCGGGGGAAAGGAUUAAUUUGGCCGGGUAAUCCUUGUCCUCUCCCGCCCGCCCGCCUCUCGCUCUCUGCCUUCCUUUCUCUCGCUUCGGGACGGCGCAGGAGAGGGACCCGGACCCAAACCCAGGAGCGGAGCGAGAAGGAGCCAAGCGGGGCGCCAAAGCCAGGGAAGGAGGCGCUGGGCUGCUCUUUGGGAGCGAAAGUUGUCUGGCCCGGGGCGGAGGCGAGCUUCCUAGCUGCGAGGACCCGAGAGGGAAGGGGAAGGAGUCUCCCAAAAGGAGCCCGCGCCGCCCUUUCCCUUUUCCAACCCAAGGAGAGAGGGAAAGCAAGAGGGAGGGAAAGGAGGAGGAGGAGGAGGGGAUGAAACGAUGAAGCGGAGGAGGACUCGUUGGGAGAAGGCAGCGCAGAAGCCGGGAAACUUUGCGGCGGGAUGCUGAGCUCCCUUCCGCGGCUGCCUUCCUAAAGCGCGCUCAGCGCAUCUUCUCUCUUCCCGGUGGGAUUCUCAAGGGCUGCGCUUCUCCUCCAGCAGAUCUCCUUGGGAGCCGAGCCCAGCAUCUGAUCUCUUCAUUGAUUCCCCGACCCAUUUCCCCCCUCCUGGGCCCGGCCAUGGGCUCCCGAGGAGGCGUCGGGAGGAUGGGGCUGCCCUCCAAGUGAGCCGGGCGCCUCGCUUUCCGAGGGGGAGUCGUACCAAAAGCCACUUUGGGGCCCGAGAGACGGAGGGCAGCCGACGGCCAUGGGUCUGGAGGGCCAGCCGGGGCCCGCGUCCAAGCCGGGGCCCUUCUUCCAGCUCAGGAAAGUUCGCAAGAGGCGCGAGAUGCUCCUCCAACAGCUGGGCUUCAUCUGCGCCAUCCUCUUCUUCGCCUGGUGCAUGGCCAGCCUCCUCUCCAAGCUCGGACAAGAAUCACCUAUUGUCGACAAAAAUGUCCUGUCAGAUUUAUGGAGGAACAGAAGAUUGAUGGCAUCAAAUAAUGAGUCAGUGAGAGAAAAGAACUGCACGGAGCCAGCAAUUCAUGAAUUCCCUGAAGACCUAUUCACAAAUCAGGAAAGACAGCAAGGAGCAAUUUUGCUUCAUAUUAUUGGUGCUCUGUAUAUGUUCUAUGCUUUGGCUAUAGUUUGUGAUGAUUUCUUUGUUCCAUCUUUAGAGAAAAUCUGUGAGAAACUACAUCUGAGUGAAGAUGUUGCUGGAGCCACAUUUAUGGCUGCAGGAAGCUCAACCCCAGAGUUAUUUGCAUCUGUCAUAGGUGUGUUUAUCACUCAUGGGGACGUAGGUGUUGGAACCAUUGUAGGUUCAGCUGUUUUCAAUAUCCUCUGCAUCAUUGGUGUUUGUGGUAUCUUCGCUGGACAGGUGGUCCGGCUGACCUGGUGGUCUGUGUGCAGGGAUUCUGUCUACUAUACACUGUCUGUGAUUGUUCUUAUUGUGUUUAUAUAUGAUGAGAAAAUAGUAUGGUGGGAAAGCCUUAUACUCAUCAUUAUGUACACAUUCUACAUACUUAUCAUGAAGUACAAUGUGAAGAUGCAGAGUUUCUUUACUAUAAAAAGCAUGAAUGUUGGGAAUGGCAACACUGUCAACAGCGAACUGGAAGAUGGUAAUGACUCUUAUGACAUUGGUCAUGAUGACCCUUCAAUACCAUUGCUGUGGAAAGUGAAGGGGACACAACAGUAUGGCCGAAGUUCCGUGGUGAUGGUCGAUGAGAUCAUUUGUUCCAGUCCUCCAAAGUACCGGUUUCCCGAAGCUGGCUUGCGAAUAAUGAUUACCAACAAAUUUGGGCCAAGGACCAGGCUACGGAUGGCAAGCAGGCUCAUUAUCAAUGAGCGGCAGCGACUAAUCCAUUCGACUAAUGGCAAGCUGAUACAGAAUGGCAAACAUGAGAACAUUGAAAAUGGCUCGAUACCCAUUGAUAACCAAGAAGGGGAGACUGAACACGUUAAUCUGUCUCCAUUUUCACCUCCAGAAGGAAAAACGGACAAACUCAAAUGGAUUCUGACCUGGCCACUGAUAUUCCUCCUCUUUUUCACCGUCCCAAAUUGCAGCAAACCUCGCUGGGAGAAUUUUUUCAUGCUGACCUUUCUCUUAUCUACUGUAUGGAUUGCAAUGUUUUCCUAUGUUAUGGUGUGGCUGGUUACAGUAAUUGGUUACACCCUAGGGAUACCUGAUGUUAUCAUGGGCAUUACUUUCCUAGCGGCAGGAACCAGUGUACCAGACUGCAUGGCCAGCCUCAUAGUAGCAAGACAAGGCCUUGGUGACAUGGCAGUAUCAAAUACAAUUGGCAGCAAUGUGUUUGACAUUCUGGUGGGCCUUGGAGUACCAUGGGGUUUGCAGACUAUGGUGGUUAAUUAUGGCUCAAAUGUUAAGAUAAACAGCAAGGGGCUUGUCUAUUCUGUUGUGCUUCUCCUAGGAUCUGUUGCUCUUACUGUUGGUGGUAUCCACAUAAACAAAUGGAAACUUGACCGGAAGCUGGGCAUUUAUGUGCUCAGCCUUUAUGCCAUCUUCUUGUGCUUCUCCAUACUGAUAGAGUUCAACGUCUUCACUUUUGUCAACUUCCCAAUGUGCCGAGAAGAUGACUGAAUGAAACUAUGGGCAGGUGUCAUCUGGAUCCAUUGUGCUAAAAAAAACGACAGGAGAAAUUUUACAUUGCUACCUGCUUCUUCUCCUAAAUCUCAGUGUCUUUCCUGCGUCAUCACCUUACAAGCACUUUUCUUGUACUUGGGAGGGAAACACCUGUUCCUUUGAAAAACAUGAAAGCUCAAGGCAACCAAAGCAUUUCCUUCUACUACUGCUUCUUCUUCUUCUUCUUUGGAUCUUACCGCUCCAUCACGCAGCUCUGUGGAUCUCAUGCAGAACUUGCAAAAGUUCAGUGGUAUCCUCUUGUGUUCAGUCUCUUUAGGCAAGUGAUUCUCAACAUCAAUUUUCAUAUGAAGCCUGGAAAAGAAACUCAAUAACUCAACUUCAUUUUGAUGGCCUGUGGUUUUCCAAAUAAAAGGAAAAGAGGGUGGGUCAGGACUGUUAUUUUGGCUCAUUUUGAGCAUCUUAGCCAUGGGAUUUAAUGCACUUAUUAUGAAAUGCACUACUUAAGGACCUAGUCUUCUCUCCUUCAAGUGCUCUGUUUAAAGAGAACUUUCACUGAUGCUGAGGAGUCUUUGGUGGUAUUCAGUAGAACAUUGUUACCCUGCUUCCCACUAUUUAAAAAGAAUGACUUGAAGGAUGCAAAAACAAUCCCACUUAAAAAAGAGAGGAGGGAAUACAACACUACUGAUACUUUCAUUCUUUCAAAAAUAUAUUAUGGAAACGAUUAUGUGGCAAACUGGAGAUCCAUACUUGAAUAUAGCGACACAGCAUUCUAAAGUUGGUGAGAAACAAUUGCAAAUAUCAAGAAUGACUAUAUAUAUAUUUGGAAUAUUAUGCUUUGUGUUCAUAAUGUUGUGGCAGCACCACUCACCCACCAAUAUUAGAGGAAAACUGAAAAUUAAAAUCCCGGGUGCUCAGUAAAUGAUUGUGAAGGUAAAUCAUUUGACGAAUGUGUCUAAUCCAAAUGCCUUCCAUAUUCUCAUAGAUGCACUAUGGAUUUGAAGAUGUUAUUAUAUUUUCAUGUGUGUGCAUGCAUGAUUGAAUGCACGCACGCGCAAAACAAAAUUAUUGCUGCACAGUUCCCAGUUGGUUGUUAUUUCCAUGAGCUAAAUUUGAGGUGUCCCCAGCUUUGCAUUUUAGCAAAAGCUUUGGAAAACUGGGUGGCAGGAAUAUAGUAAAAUACCUGCUAGCCUUUGAAAAUUGGAUUAAAAUAAUUAUGGAACAUUGCACAGUAUGCACCUUUCUUCCUGUCCACUGUGUUGCAGGUCAUUUUUGGUAUAAGUCUGCCCUUGUUGGCACUGCUGAGCUUGGAAAAUUUACCUUUUGGGUUGUAAUUCUCACAAUUGCUUUGUUGGUUCAAGUUGUGUUCUGAAAAACUAAUUUUUUGUGUGUCAGGAGCGACUUGAGAAACUGCAAGUUGCUUCUGGUGUGAAAGAAUUGGCCAUCUGCAAGGAUGUUGCCCAGAGCACGCCCGGAUGUUUUGAUGUUUCACCAUCCUUGUGGGAGGUUUCUCUCAUGUUCCCUUGCAUGGGGAGCUCGAGCUGACAGAGGGAGCUCAUCCACACUCUCCCCAGAUUUGAACCUCCGACAAGGGUUUAACCCAUUGUGAUGCCAGGGGCUCCUGAAAAACUAAUGUUACCAAGUUUUGCAGAACUGAAGAGAUCAUUAUUCACAUUAUGAGAAUGACAAAUAAUGUUUUCAGCCAAAGUUGUCAUUAUUUUGAACCCCUACUCCCUCAAUUCCCUAGUUUGAAUAGGGGAUUCUAGAACUUUUAGUGCAAAAAAUCAUUUUUUUCUGAGCACUUUUCUCAGGUUGGAUUUGAAAUGUCCUAUUGAAAAAUAUUGAAAAAGUUUGCAUCAGUGGGAAAAAAUCAGGACUCCUUUAACUUAAAGCAUACAGUCAAUGAUAGGGAGUAAAAUAAGGAUUUACUUGCAUAUUUAUCCAUUUGUUGUGCUCCCUUUGUCAGCACUUUAUUGUAAAGAUUCUCCUGCACCCAAAUGCACAU